UAUUUCUUGUUUUUUCCCUCUACACUCUGUUCUCACUCUACAGUCUACAACUUGCAGCCACUGUCCUUCAUUCAAAAAACAAAUAAUAAAAAUGAAAUGAAAAGAACACAACUUUCCCUUUCUCCAGAAACAUUCCCCAGUUCUACCCAGUACCCUCUCCCUCUCACACUCUCACUGUGCCUUUCCAUAGUUGAGCUGCGGAGGAAGAUCGAAGGGAGAGAGACAGUUGAGGCAGAGAGAGAACAUGAGUCGGCCCCUGGGGGCAGUGAUUGGGAGGUACCCAUCAAGUGAUGGCAGCACCCAGAUUGAUGGAAUCAUUAAGCGCAACAGGAAAUGCAGAGAUUUGGCGUUUCUGGUAGUGUUCGUAGCCUUCUGGGUUGCUAUGAUUGUCAACUCCAGCUUUGGAUUCAACCAGGGAAAUCCAUUAAGGCUUACAUAUGGGCUGGACUACAAAGGAAAUGUUUGUGGUGACAAGCAUGCGCAUCCAAAUCUGCGAGAAUUGGAGCUCACAUACUGGGUCAAUCCCAAUCAGGUCUAUCUUAGUGGUUCCAAGAACAGCCAAUUCAAGUUGGCCAAUGCUAGGAGUAUAUGCUUGUUGGAUUGUCCUAGACCAACAGAUGAUGGUCUGAAUUGGGUCUGUGAUUACCCAGAGGGUGAUAUCCGCAUAUCAAUGGACGAUUGGAUCGACAGGAAUUAUGACUAUUACGAGUUCCUUACUCCUGAGAUGAGAAACUCCUCGCUUCAACUCCAGGGUCCUUGUUACCCUGUCAUUUUCCCUAGUGUAAAUGUUCACUGGAGGUGUGAAUUUGUUGCUCGUGCAUCAAAUGCGUCUUUGAGACAUUGGCAAGUAAUGGGUGGAUUGAACAUCGACGAAGAUAUUAUCAUUGACAAGACUAUUCACAAGUCAGUCAAUGCUCGUUCGUCUGUGCUGAAGAGAUAUGUGGCAGAUAUCGGGAAGUCAUGGCCAGUAUUGAUCGUCUGCGGAGGACUAUUACCUCUAUUUUUGUCGGUGAUUUGGCUGCUGAUGAUUCGACACUUAGUUGCUGCCAUGCCAUGGGUUACAGUUGCCCUCUUUAAUGUACUCAUAGUUUCAGUGACGAUGUUCUACUACCUGAAAGCUGGAUGGAUUGGAAAUGAUGCUAUAUCCCCAGUCAUUGGUCCCCCUGAUCCAUACUAUCAUGUGUUUGGCCGAGAACUUAAUCACAUCCGCGCUGUAGCUAUUCUCAUGACCUUGAUCAUGGUGGUCUCUGUCCUUACAUCAAUUGCCAUAGCGCGACGCAUCCUAAUGGCCACAUCUGUACUCAAGGCAAGUGGGCCAUUUCUGGACAUCAUGUUCCUGCUAGGUUGUGUGGCUGCUAAGGUGAUUGGAGAAGUUCAAGCACUCAUAAUUUUCCCAGUCAUACCAUAUGCCAUGCUUGCAAUAUUCUACAUGUUCUGGUUGUCAGCUGCUUUGCAUCUUUUCAGUUCUGGCCAGAUUGUCCAGAACAACUGCGACAAUUCAAACUGCUGCGCCUUUGAUCUUGUAUCGAAACGGGUGAACUGUGAUCGGUGCUGUGGCUAUGGCGUUCGUUACACUCCUCAUAUUGCUAUUGCCAUCUUCUUCCACCUAUUUGGAUGUUACUGGGCCACCCAAUUCUUCAUAGCUUCUUCUGCAACUGUCAUUGCUGGUUCUGUUGCAUCCUAUUAUUGGGCUCGUGGCGAUGCCUCACCAGAGAUUCCGUUCCUCCCAGUUUUCGGCUCUAUGAAAAGGCUCGCACGAUACAGUCUUGGGUCAGUUGCCUUGGGCUCUCUGGUGGUCUCAUUUGUGGAAUCCAUACGCUUCCUCCUAGAAUCGAUUCGCCGCAAACUGAAAGUCACUGAUAUAACUCCGGACGGCUGGAUUGGGAAGGUGCUGCACCAUAGCUCUGGAUUUUGUCUCCGGUGCGUUGAAUGGACCAUAAAGUCGAUUAACCGCAAUGCUUAUAUAAUGAUAGCUAUUACUGGGAAGAGCUUCUGCAGGGCUUCUGGGAUUGCAACUGAGUUGAUCAUGAACAACAUUUUGAGGAUAGGGAAGGUGAAUGUGAUUGGGGACAUAAUUCUGUUUCUGGGGAAGUUGUGUGUGAGCCUUUCGAGUGCUGUGUUUGCGUUCUUGAUGCUGGACACGCACAAGUAUAGAUCUUCGCAUAACAAGAUCUCUUCCCCGCUCUUCCCUGUGGUGGUGUGCUGGGGUCUAGGCUACGUGGUGGCGACACUAUUCUUUGCAGUGGUCGAGAUGUCGAUCGAUACUAUAAUCCUAUCCUUCUGCCAGGACUCGGAGGAGCACCAGGGGACGGCGCAGUAUGCCCCUCCUCUUCUCAUGGAAACGUUGAAUGAUCAGAAUGAGAUGCAGAGACUAACUCAAUGAAGAAAAAGGGGUUGUUUAUGUCAUCUAUUCUUUUGAUGGUUUCUGAAAAUGUACAAGUAGCAGCAGUAGUAUAAGUAGUUUACUAAGUUGAUUUUGAGAAAUCUAGUAUAGUCAGCGUUAUGAUUAGUUAAAAUUACUAAGUCAUAUCCUUUUAUAUCUUGACACCAUGAGGAGUCUGGUUACAGUAGAAAUGGGUAAAGAAAACAAGACAGCAAGAUGGUAUA